UUCAUUCUCAGUCACAGCUCUAAGAUUAUCUCCGAAACCCUGUCUUCUAGUGCUAAAAUUAAAAUAAAGGAGAUAUAAUUUUGAGGUGGUAAAAUUUAGUCUGCAUAUCAAUAAUGAGGCUGGGUUGUAUUGGUUUUUCGUGAUAUGCAUGUUCUUUGUCCUGUGCGUGGAGUGCUGCACGUGUUUGGUGAACGGGCAAUUCUCUGAGAGACAAAUAUACAAGUUCAACUACAAACCCCAGUUCUAUCUAGAUAAUCUAUAGGUACUUUGAUGGAGCCUUCGAAAAUCUUUGGCUGUAAAGAAGAAUAUAGUAGCAGUAGUGUGUCAGGAUGGACAAUGUAUAUUGGCUCUCCAGUCCAUGAAGCCGAUUGUGAUGAUGGUGAUGAACAUGAUCACACCUCUUACAACGAAGGACACAACUACAGCAAAGAUAAUCUUGGCUUUGAAUACAAUGAUGCUAACGAUGAUAGUGAUGAUUCCAUGGCUUCAGAUGCCUCUUCUGGCCCAAGUAAUCGAGAGCUUUCAUGGGGAAGCAAGAGAAGCCCUUUUGACAAGCAUGCACCUGGCAAUCUUUCUUCAAAAGAGAAACUUCAUUGUGAAGAGAAGAAGAAAGAAAGGAGAAUCAAAGUUGAGAGAGAUGAGUCUGUGCUUAAAGCAAAAGCUGCUUCUCCUCAAGCGCGAAGUAGAGGCAAGGUGAGGAAAACAAACUAAAAGGUGACCAAAAAGGAAAGAAUGUUUUGUCAAAUGUUUUGCAGUUCUCAAUAUUUUGAUUGCAAAUGUAUCAUUUAUCAAAAAGAACUAAUGUGUUGUAAGUGUUGUCUCUAUUCUAUGUUGAUUCUUCCCAA